CUGAUGAUGAAUAAACAUGUUGUCAAAAUCCCAAGACUCCACCCUACCUGCAGACAGCCACUGAUAAUUUGACCACACCCCUUAGAUCAUAUAACCCGGCCCUUUAAGCCUGCAAACCAUCUUUUUCCCUCCAAACAAUUCGGGCAGAACAAAGAGAUCAACUGAUGUGAGUUCAGAUGGACUUUUCACCUUUAAAAUGUUUAUAUAGUAAGACAUGGCAUAUAUUGUUUGAAUGUUAACAUUGAUUUGUGUUUUAUUAUGCCAGAUUCCAGGGUUUAAUCGUGAGAAUAGAGAGAAAAUGUGCUUAUGCCACAUUGUGGAUGCAUUGAUGAUUAGGUGGGAUUAUACCACUCUGUUCUCCAUUCAAGUAACAGAAACCAGCUUGAAUACCAGAGAGAGACACCAAGCCUUUAUACUCUCAGCAAAGAUGACGAUCUCUUUUAGUAAAACUUUGUACCUGGUAAUUCUAGCUGCUCUUGGACUUACCAGCUUGGUAAUGACCUUCUAUCUUUAUUUUGAGGCACCAUCUCCUUUUUGUCCAUCUACAUCUACAUUAGUUGAUGAAAAAACAGAUGAAGCCACAGAGUCUGCUGAGAAGCCCAUAGUCCUGCUGUGGUUCUGGCCUCUUGGUGUGAGGUUUGAUUUCAAAGUCUGCUCAAGCUACUUCAAUAUUGACAGCUGCAUACUGACUGAUGACAGAUCCACGUACAGCAAAGCAGAAGGAGUCAUUUUCUACCACAAAGAAAUAUCCUGGAGUUUGGGCAACCUGCCUCAGGGUCCUCGUCCAACUUUUCAGAAGUGGAUUUGGUACAAUGUGGAAUCUCCCACAAACACAGCAAGGAAACCGGGUUUAGAUAACCUGUUCAACUUAACACUGAGCUACAGACGAGAUUCUGGCAUUGUGGUAAGGAAUGAGGUGACGAUCAAGAAACCAGAGAUGAAGGACGACUUUGUUCUGCCAAAGAAAGACAAACUGGUUUGUUGGUUUGUCAGUAACAACAACCCAUCUACUGGAACAGCUACGAGAGCGAAAUAUUACCACGUACUGUCCCAACACAUGAAGAUUGAAGUCUAUGGAGCUGCUUUUUCUGAGCACUGGUUAAAAUUUGAAGACUAUUACUCAACCCUAGGUAGUUGUAAGUUUUACCUCUCAUUUGAGAACUCGCUCCACAAAGACUACUUCGUAGAGAAGGUGAACGGGCCCCUCGUAGCAGGGGCGGUCCCUGUGGUUAUGGGUCCACCAAGAGAAAACUACGAGCAGUUCAUUCCCAAUGGCUCCUUCAUUCACGUUGAUGAUUUCCCUGAUGCAAAAUCACUCGCAGAGUUUCUGCAACACCUGGACAAGGACGAUGAAGCGUACAUGAGUUACUUUGAGUGGAGAAAGUACUACAAAGUCACUCCUCAUCUUUUGUCAACGAAGAAUGAAUUCAUUCAUCCCAUCUGCCUCGCCUGUGACCACAUAUCAAGAGACAAAGGUUACCAUGUUGUUAAUGACCUUUAUGAAUGGUUCUUUACAUGAAACUACAGUGAGAACAUCAUCAGACAGUGGCUAUUAGAAAAUGAAGAAACUUAAUACCUCUCAUUCUGUGCUGUUGAUUGAACAGAUAAAGAAAUUUGACUGCGUUGAGUGUUUUGAUUAAUGAAAUAAUGAUUAGUUUCAGUUGAAAGGUGGAUCACUGCAAGUACAGAUGUGUUUAAGUAAAUUUGUGAGUACAACCUUAGCAUAAAUAACAGUAUAUUCUGUAAAACUUCUAGUAAUUUUUUUUACAGAACUAUUCAUAAACAUCCACUGGACACUGGUUUCAUCUGUCUUCCUUUCAGUGUCUGCAUGUUCAUGUAUUGCUCAGAUGAUCUACAGCACCAGAUGAGAUGUAGACAAUGAUGAGUCGGACUGUUGAUGUCCAGUAUUUGCGCAGAUUUUUCUGUCAUGAAAAAAGGUUCCUUAAUGCUUUCUAUUAGUGUUUCUUCCAUACUCAACACUGGAGGUAAAGGGUUAGUGCUAGAGCUAAAGAUGGAGGGUGCUGCAAAUUUACUGGGUUCAAAUCUGAUUUGUUUGACUGGGUUAAGGUACUGUGUCACUGGGACUGUGUUGUUAUGAAUAUAUUAUCUCGACAAAUAAAUGAGUUGACAAAUCUA